AUGGCAGACAAUGUAAUCAAAUCUCAAAAAUAUAAAUCAUCCCUAUCAUCAAGUAUAUCUCAUCCACAAUCAUGUUAUAUUAGCCGAAGUAUUCAUACUCUUCAUGGAUUGCAUAAUUCAUUAGAAAAUAUAAAAUCUGGAAAAUCUCAAGAUCCUAAUUUAUUAAAGUCUAAUGAAUCAACUGCUUCAAGUGUUAGUACUUAUGAUAUUGAUUCUAAAGAAUCACAAGAAUGCUUUAAUUGGGAAAAAGAAAUUCAAAAUCAUACAAAAAAAAAGACCAUUCACUGA